GCUACUACAAACGUCUGCAAAUUGUUGAAACAAAAAGUUUUCCCCCGCCCUUGGCCUCCGCGCAACCAAAGCUGAUGAGCCUAAUCUAAAACCGAUCCCAAUUAAUACGGAGGAGCGUUAGCCGUGUGUCUAAUUAGUCGCAUUGUAGCCAAGGCCUGGUAUUAUGUCUUAAUACUGUAACUGGAUUAGAAACCCUUGCGGAACAGUUGUGGGGGUUCGCGGGGCGAGCAGUCGCCACUCGGUCGGCGCCGCCCGGCCGCAGUGUUGCUUCUCUGUGUUUAGAAGGAGUACCACCGAGGGUCGUCAAGAUGAAGGACGGCCUCAACGUAUCGUCGCUGGCGAGCCCCGCGGACCGGUACGUGCUGGGCACCAAGCUGGGCUCGGGGAUCUUCGGCGAGGUGCACCGCGCCACGGACUCGCAGGCGUCCGGCAAGGCCGUCGCCGUCAAGAUACAGACGUACGACGACGACAAUGAAGCCCACAUCCAGGAGGAGUAUCGCAUCCUCCGCGACUUCUCCUCGCACGCCAACCUCGUCGACUUCUACGGAGUCUACUGCGAGAGGACCGAGGGAGUUAAGAAAAUCUGGUUCGUUAUUGAGCUAUGCGAAUGCGGAUCUGUCAUCGAUAUUGUCAGAAAGCUGCAUGCGACAGACAGAAAAAUGUCCGAGGAGCACAUCGCUUACAUUCUCAAAUAUACGAUCAAGGCGCUGGUCUAUUUGCAUGAGAACAAAGUGAUGCAUCGCAACAUACGGUGCAGCAAUAUACUGAUAACAAAGGACGGUGAAGUGAAGCUGUCGGAUUUUGGUCUGUCAUGUCGGCUGGCGGGUACGCUGGGGAAGAGGAACACGAGUAUUGGGUCUCCGAGCUGGAUGGCCCCGGAGGCGGUGACGGGGGGCGAUGGAGGGUACGGGAAUAGGGCUGAUGUGUGGGCUCUAGGGAUCACGGCCAUAGAGAUCGCGGAUUCUAAGGCGCCGUUCCAGGACAUGCACCCGACGCGGGCGCUGUUCCAGAUAGUGCGCAACCCGCCGCCCGGCCUCGCCAAGCCCUCCAUGUGGUCCAACGAGCUCAACGACUUUAUCACCGAGUGUUUGGAGAAGAAUCCUGAACACAGACCUUUCAUGGCGGAACUGACUGAGCAUCCAUUUAUAGAAUCUGUUCCUGAAAAUGACUUUCACAUGACUACGGAAUUAAAAGUAUUGGCACUAGAAUUAAAAGACAAAGAAAUUACUGAACCAAAAAUACCAGAAAGAAUCAUUAGAAACGGCUUACUUAUAACCGAAGGGUGCCGAGAGCCCGAAACUAUGCAAGUGGAAGAUCUAGCAGCUUUGGAAGUACUUACAGAAGAAAAUAUACUGACCGAAUUACAAACAAAAUUAUCAAAGGGAUUCUUCACAUCUUUCGUAGGAGAAAUUUUGUUAAUACUUAACCCCAACACACAUGAUGAUAUGUUCAACGAGACUUAUCACAAAAAGUAUGAAUGCAAAUCUAGAUCAGACAAUUUACCUCACAUCUUUGCUGUGGCUGAUAGCGCAUACCAAGAUGCUCUCCAUCACAACGAGCCUCAACAUAUCGUCUUCAGUGGAGAAUCUAAAUCAGGGAAGACUACAAACAUGAACCACGCUUUAGCCCAUUUAACAUAUUUGGGGUCAAUGAAGAAUAACACUGGAGAGCGAAUUCAAAAAGCAGCGAAUGUAAUCCAAGCCGCUAUUAAUGCAUCAACGCCAUUAAAUCCUCAUUCUACAAGGGCCAUAUUUCAAGUUCAGGUAACAUACGGCAGCUCAGGCAAACUAAGUGGCGCUAUAUUCUGGCUUUACCAACUAGAGAAGUGGCGAGUUUCUUCAACUGAUAUGACACACGCAAAUUUUAAUCUUCUCUACUAUUUCUAUGAUGCCAUGGAAGCAGAAGAUAAACUAGACAAGCUUCACCUGGAGAAAAAUCGAAAGCAUCGAUAUCUACGAGUAUUGGAAGAACCUAUAAAAGGACUCAAAGGCAGCCGAGAGACUCCUGAACAAAAUGUAGAGAGUUACAAAGAGUUGAUUGAAAGUUUGAAAAUGCUUGAUUGGGAGCAAGAAGAAAUCGAUAUGUUGGAAACCGUUUUAGCCGCCAUUCUUGUUUUAGGAAACGUAAGAUUCAAAGACGAUAAAAAUGGAACUGCCGAAAUAGAAAACCCGGAAGAAGCUAAGAAGGUUGCUACGUUACUUUCACUUGAAGAGCCUAAAUUCCUCUGGGCUCUAUUGAACUAUUGCUUGAUAGACAAAGGAACAGCUGUUAAACGAAGACAUUCAACUGAUGAGGCGAGAGAUGCCCGAGAUACACUAGCAAGUGCUCUGUACAAACGGAUGGUAGAUUGGAUGAUCAAUUUGAUCAAUACAAAGCUAGCAUUUUUGCGAUCGGUAUUUGGGGAUAAGUACUCAGUGAGUCUGCUAGACAUGUUUGGAUUCGAAUGCUUCCACCGCAAUAGAAUAGAGCAGCUUAUUGUCAACACAACAAAUGAACAAAUACAAUUCUUGUACAACCAAAGAAUAUUUGCUUGGGAAAUGCAGGAAGAAGCUGAGGAAGGGAUUCCAGUUACUGCCUUGCAUUUUUAUGAUAACAAAAGUUCUGUAGACCAUCUGAUGGGGAGACCUUUGGGCUUGUUCUACAUAUUAGACGAAGCAAGCCGUACUAGCAGUGGUCAAGAGUUUAUAAUGACUUCCAUCAGGAAUUCAUCGAAGGCCCCAUACAUAAAACUAUCGGGCAGCCAUGAGUUCAGUGUGGCUCACUACACAGGAAAAGUCAGCUAUGAUGCCAGAGAAAUGGCGGACAAAAACAAAGACUUCCUACCUCCGGAAAUGAUUGAAACUAUGAGAGCAUCUGUUAAUGAGACCGUGCAACAAUUAUUCAGGAACAAAUUGACCAAAACUGGCAACUUGACGGUUACGUCCAAUCAGCCGAAAGUUUCUGUGGCCAAAUCGAAGAAUGAAAAAGAAAUGGCUAAUUCGAAGGCGAGGAAAUUCAACACAAUAUCCAAGGGUCAGUUCUCCCAGCUCCACCGAAUGCGCACGGCCGCAGCCACCUACAGGGCCACAAGCCUGGAGCUCCUGAAGCAACUCUCUAUUGGCCCUGGGAGUGGGGGCACCCACUUCGUGCGCUGCAUCAGGGCUGACUUGAAUGACAACCCUCGCGGGUUCCAAACGGAGGUGGUGAGGCAACAAUUGAGGGCGCUGGCCAUUUUGGACACGGCCAAAGCGAGGCAGAAUGGGUUCCCGUGCCGUAUUCCGUUUGCCGAGUUUAUAAGGAGGUACCGCUUCCUGGCAUUCGACUUCGAUGAAAAUGUGGAGGUGACCCAGGAAAACUGCAGAUUACUUCUGAUUCGUCUGAAAAUGGAAGGCUGGCUUAUUGGAAAGACAAAAGUGUUCCUGAAAUAUUACAAUGAAGAAUUCUUGGCCAGACUGUACGAAGUCCAAGUGAAGAAAAUCGUCAAGGUUCAGUGCAUGAUGAGAGCUUUUCUAGCCAGACGAAAAGCUAUAAAGAGCAAGUCUAAGAAUUUGCACAUUAAAGAGCUGAAGAAACAGCAGUCUUUACAAAUCAAUCAGGAUGAGGCGGCACUGCUGAUUCAAAAAGCUUACCGAGGUUACGUAGUCAGAAAAGCAUACGGUCCGUUGAUAAACAAAUCUACAGGAGAAAUAGAUGAACAGACAGCAUGCUUCCUCAAGAGAUUUGCCAUGAAAUGGAAAAGCCGAUCUAUAUUCCAAGUCCUCCUACAGUAUAGAGCCGUCAAGUAUCAAGAUCUCGUCCAUUUUUCACAACAGGUGCACAUCUACAACCAAGCCAUAGUGGAAUCUCUCAUGUCGACGUCAACCUCCGUGCUGCUGGAUCGCGUGGACCCUCACUCGAGACAGAAGGAGUUCCUGGGCUCCAGCCCGCCCUCUGUGUGGAAGCUGCCCUUUGGGAUCAACCAGCUCACGUAUUAUGAUACGACGCACAUGUGUGACCCGAGCGGGAAGAGCAAUGACACAUUCGCGAGCCAAUACGACUCCGACCACGAGCAGUGGGACGAGCCGCUCAAGCGUCGGUCCAGUUCAGCACAAAAACCACAGACUUCCACCGCCGGCACCCAGACCCUCAUCAAUGUACCGUACUGCCGCGACCCCACGCAGCCCGUCACCAAGCUGCCGCCAGAGGAGGCUCAGCCCAGACCAGCUGUCUACAAGAAGAAACCCGGCUACACCCCGCCUAACUUCUACCAAGCACCCACCCCCUGGUCCGGAUCCACAGAAAACACCAACACACUCGAAAAUAGCUCACAGAAACUCCGGAAGACAGGGUACAGUAAGAGCCUUUAUGGCAUUAAUGUUCCACCUGACAUGCCGAACCCUGUUAAAGAGCUGCAGGCAAUGGCGAAGUCGGCCAACGAUUUGAGCGGAGACGACCCUCCAUUCAACUUCCAGGCUAUGUUGAAGAAGACGCCGAGGAAUCGGGCCUCUAUGAAGCGAACUGGCGAGUCCGACCUCAGCAUCUUGGAGGAUAAGACGACCGCGCCGAGACACAUCAUCUCACAUAGCAAGGGCAAGGGGCCGGCCCCAGCCAGACCCAAGAGCAGGGAGUUCACGAGGAAAGACUCAAGAGAGCUCAUACACGCGGCUUUAAAAAAACGAGAAUCUAUGGGCGACCUCAAUGCCAUAGACAACAAACUUAUGAAUCAAAAGAUACAAAUUGCGCCCGGGAUUACUGUAGAAGGUACUGUUACUGAUUUGUAGGUUCAAGGUAUACUAAAUAAAAACAGGU